UGUAUGUUGACGGGAAAUACGUUAUGAGAUUGCUUGUUUGUUGAUAGUACUGUUAGCAAACAUUAUGAUUAUUAAGUUAAUAUAUCUGUUUUCUACCCUACUCUACAUACCUGUACUGUACCCUGUUGUAGGUGGACGAAAUGCUGUUCAGGCAGAACGACUGUACAGAAGACGACUCCCUGAGAAGCCAUCGCCUUCGCACCGGAUGUUUAGUCGUCUCACAUCUCGUCUACGUGAAACGGGAAGCUUAAAUCCAAGACCUCAACAUCGUCCUAGAACAUGCACAGAUGAACGUGCUGAAGUUGCUGUGCUCGCUACCAUAGCUGUGAAUCCUCAAAUCAGCACACGUCAAAUUGAACGUGAAGUUGAUGUUCUCUUUACCGACAAGGCAUCAUUCUCCAACAAAGGAAUUCUCAAUAUGAGGAAUAUGCAUUAUUGGUCCGCAGACAAUCCAAAAUGGCUCCGUCAGGUAGAGCAUCAACGUCCAUGGAAAGUUAAUGUUUGGUGUGGGAUUAUUGGAGCUACCAUUAUCGGACCUUUCUUUAUAAAUGGCAUCCAAAAUGGCAGACAAUACUCCAGAUUUAUACGACACAAUCUUCCUGUUCUCUUGGACGCCGUACCUCUGAACCAGAGAAUGGUCAUGUGUUAUCAGCGUGACGGAUGCCCUGCACAUAAUGCCUUACGAGCACGACGACUUCUGACCGUAAGUUCCCUGAUAGGUGGAUUGGACGAGGUGGCCUGGUUAGGUGGCCUGCCCGAUCUCCGGACCUUACACCGCUGAAUUAUUUUCUUUGGGGAGCAGUGAACCAACAACACCAGAGGACAUGAAGCAACGCAUUAUUGAUGCUUGUACAGCCAUCAAAGAGGAAACAGUAGCACGAAGUAGGGCAUCCUUCAUCCGCAGAGUGACCCUAUGUAUGCAAGCCAAUGGGCAUCACUUUGAGCAUGAGAUGUGAACGCUAUGUUUAGUAUGUAGUGCUGGUAUCACAGUGGAAGUUUCUACAAAGGGCCAUUUUACCCAGUGAUGUUAAGAAACAUUUGUUUGCAACAAUUUGCCAUUUAACGCAUUAGAUAAACAUAACAUUGAUAAUU